AUGGAUCGCCGGAAAAGCAGUGAGAAAAGGACGACGGCGAAAGCCUCAACAAUGGAGGCAUCACCCCAAAUCUCACUUUCAGAGGCAUUUAUAGUGAACGGAUUGUGCGUGUUUGGCUUGGCCUUAGCAUUCUGGCUCGCAAACAGUGUCUACUCCAUCGACCUUGUCACUGAUCCAUCUCUCACACUAUUCAUCAUUUGGAUUACAGAACUACCGAUUGUGAUUCUUCUUUUCAGUCGCUAUCGACAGAAUCCCCAGCGAUGCACGUACCUGCGAGCUGUUGGAAGAGGUAUUCUAGGAGUGCCUAUAGGGGCACUAUUAAUGUCAUUAGGAGCUAUUGCUUUGGGGGCGCCUGUUACCUUUCAGUAUCUUCCCAAGACUGUUAAUUGGUCUCUUAUGAUGUCAUUGUUCACGACCGUUCCAGCAUCAUGUGUUCUUGGUUCGUCAUGGGCUGACUGGCAACGUAUAUUUGCGCAGACAAAGCCAAAUGGAUCUGUAGAGUACUUAAUUUGUUUACCAGCUCAUGGAGCAGUUAUUGGGGCCUGGUUUGGGGCUUGGCCAAUGCCACUUGACUGGGAAAGGCCGUGGCAGGAAUGGCCUAUUUCUGUGAGCUAUGGAACCAUAGCCAGUUACGUGGUGGGAUCGGUAACAUCAUUAGGUUUUGUUCUUGCUCGUGGUAGGUCACAACAUGUCAAAAGAGAAUGAAAAAGAUGUAUCUGAUCAUGGUAAUGAUAAGCU